CCUAAAGUUUGGGUUUAGGGUUCUAUGGAAGUCGUGAAGGCGGGAUCGUGCGUGCUGCUCGACAUCAACAAUGGCGAGCAUUUCGUGUUCUCGCGUCUUACCCCGGCCGCCACUGUCAAGCUUGGCAAGGCCAAGUAUUCUCUUGCGCCGGUCAUUGGAUGCCCGUUUGGAUCGCAAUUCGAGCCCAAGUCCUCGUCGCUGGAACGAUCGUCUCGCGCUGAGGACAAUAACGCUGGCGAAGAGGAAGAGGAGGAAGAAGAAAAUGCUGCAACGAAGGAUAACAGGAACCUCAUCGAUGAUAACACUGCGCAGACACUCUCGGCCGAGGAGAUCCAUAGCAUGAAAAGAGAAGGCUCCUCCGGACAAGAGAUUGUGAAUGCGUUGAUUGCAAAUAGCGCGUCGUUUGAGUCAAAGACUACUUUCUCACAGGAGAAGUACAAGCGGAAAAAGCAGAAAAAGUACGCUCCUCGGGUCAUAAUCAGGUGUCCUACUGCUAAAAGUGUUUGUGAGGCAUAUUUUUCUAAAACUCCAGCGAAGAUCGGGUUUAUAAGAGUUGAUAGUUUGUCAAUGAUCUUGUCAUUAGCCAAUGUAGGCGAGAUGUCCAACGUUUUGGUCUCAGAUAUGGUCGGAGGACUCUUGACGGCUGCAGUCGCAGAACGUUUGAGCGGCUUUGGCACGGUUUGUAGUGUCUACUAUACUCCAAAAGCUCCAUCUCUGGACAUUGUGGGCCUCUUUAACUUUGACUCCGCAACAUCUAGUAGGAUAUUUCGAGUUCGGCUUUCUACGCUUCUAGAAAGCUACAAUUCUGGUUUACAAAACGGAGAGCCAGCACCUCUUGUCGUAGAACAGGAGAAAAACAUGGAAGAUGAUUCAGGCACAGGCAAACUCCCGCAAAGCGAGCAACCGAUGGAUGUGCAACCGGAAAAGGCUGUUACCGAGGCAGAACAGGAGAAAGACAUGGAAGAUGAUUCAGGCACAGGCAAACCACUGCAAAGCAACCCAUCGAUGGACGUGCAACCGGAAAAGGCUGUGACCGAGGCCUCACAAACAAGCGUGUCCCAGAUCUCCGAGAACUUGGAACCGGUCUCUACGAAUCCAACAAAGCAACGACUGAUACAGCAACCAUCGAACGAAGACGUUUCUGAUUGGGUGAAAACUGGAUUCUCGAGUCUGAUAGUCGGGGCUUUAAACGCCGAUCCUUUGAAGACUUUGCAGCAACUCCUUCCGCUUCUAGCCCCCUCCGCUCCUUUUGUCAUCUAUCAUACUUACCUGCAACCUCUUGCGGACUGCAUGUUUGCCUUGCAAAAGGAACGCACGGCAGUCAGUUUGCAGCUCUCGGAGCCAUGGAUGAGAGAGUACCAGGUUCUUCCAUCCCGCACGCAUCCCCACAUGCAAAUGAGCUCCACAGGUGGAUAUAUACUAAGUGGUAUCAAAACUCUACCACAAUGAAACACAAAAGCUUGAUUUAUGAUCUUCCAUUACUUGCUGACCAAAUAAGGAUCGAGAAAUUUGUUUGCAAGAUGAUCUUCGCAGCCCAAUGAAACUCGAGGCAGAAAAAUCCUCAGGAACAAAACAACAACAAAGCGAUAAAACUUCGCAAGAGGCGACAGCUCACAUAUGGACUGAGUGAAGCGUUAGGUGAUGUUGCUCCGGCAGCUGCCUUCAUUUCCCAGCUUGUCCAAGAGCGGUGCAACAGAUAAGUCUUAAAAACUCUCCUUUUUCUUUCUCUUUCAGAAAGGGAUUUGCUUGCAAGUUGCAACUAGAACAGACAGAAAAGAAUGCUGUCCUUGAAACCACUAGAACUUGGUCGGCUGGGCACGACUCAACGUCGUGGAGUCGCAAAUUCAUUGAUUGAAAGUGUGGAGUGAGAUGGAUUGAAUUCUUGUAGGAUGCAUGCAAUGUUCUUGGUUUGCUUUGAAGCUCUGGGUUUGCUUUGAAACUCUUGGACAUUUCAUGAAGAAUAAAGAUCUUAUCACAAUUUCUUA